AUGGCAGCAGCUAGCCACAAAAACUUCAGACUACGGGGCAUUCCGCGUGAUUGCGAGACUCGGAGUGAGGUCUGCAGCCUUAUUCAGAAAACUCUGGCACUCGAGCCUAGCGCCAGUCCUACUGUCUACUCGCUUGCAUGUUCCCCCACCGAUCCCAAUAGCAAGAUCGCUACACUCAGCUUUCCUUCAAUUCCAGAAUGUCUAUCCGAUCGCACAAAGACUGAGUGGAGUUUUAACCUGUCCGAUGGUAACGACAUCGAUUUCAGCAGGUCUCUUGCUUUCGACACACACUUUACAGGUUUCACACCUUUUCACCGCACAAACGACAACGAUUGCCAUAUUGACUUGGUUGCAGUUUGUGGCCUUGGGGGGCAUGCCUUGGGUUCAUUCAAGGAAAAGAAUGGCCGCUUCGUUUGGCUUCGGGAUGCGCUUCCAUCAGACAUCCCGAAUGCAAGGAUUUUAACUUAUGGAUAUGAUACGAAGCUUUCCAAGAGCAGCGCCUUCCAAAAUUUGACAGAUCUAGGACGCGCACUGCAGAUUGACCUUGAGGAUACUUAUGACCCGAACCAACCUCGUUCGAUACUUUUCAUCGGACAUAGCCUGGGUGGACUUGUCGUUAAAGAGGCCGUCCGAUUACUACAAGAAGAGCCUCUCGGGCGCGACUUUCCAAUUUUAAACGCCGUUUGCGGCUUCGCCUUCUUUGGGGUUCCUCAUCGAGGCUUGGAAGUCAAGUGUUUGAUCCCUUUAGUAAAGGAUAACCCCAAUCGGGCACUACUCGAAUCUCUUAACAAGAAUUCGUCACUUCUAGAUCAUCUACAGAAUGACUUUAGCAAAAUAUCAAAGGCGAGGGGCCUUUCUGUUGUGUCGUUCUAUGAGACAGAGAAGUCCCCAACCGCAGUUUGGAUAAAUGGAAAAUGGGACAUGUCUGGUCCUAGCGAAGUGUUGGUAGAGGUAUUCUCGGCAACAUGCGGAUGUCAAAAGCAGCAUCCCAUCAACCGCAACCACUCUGAGAUGGUGAAAUACAGCGGUGUGCAUGAUCAAUUGUACCGAAGAGUGUUAAUCGCACUCCGUCCUAUAAUUGGUAUUUCACGAGGACGGCCUGGCAUUGGAGGUAUAAGAGAAGGGCCACAAGCUUGUGUUCAAUUUUCAGGUGAUGAGCAGGAAUGCCUGAAAUCGCUAUCAUUCCCUGAGCAAGAGCACAGAUACUCCGAGAUCUCUUACGCGAGCGACACUUGCGACUGGCUUCUAGAAGACUACAACUAUCAGAAAUGGAUGAAUGCAGCCCGUGGGCUCUUCUGGAUCAAAGGAUGUCCUGGAACAGGCAAAUCAGUUCUCAUGAAGUUUGCAGUUGAUACAAUGAGCCGCAGGAAAUCUGGGGAAAUCAUCGCUUCCUUUUUUAUCCAUGGACGCGGCAUAGAACUACAACAGACACCAAUAGGCAUAUUUCGAGCUUUGUUAAAUUCUUUGCUCAUGUCGUUUCCAAAAUACCUCGCGGAGCUCACAAAAGUCUUCCAAGAUAAAGAGAAGCGAUACGGAUCAUAUGACCAGAAGAAUGGCUGGAGAUGGAAUGAAAAGGAAUUGGAGAAAUUCCUAUCCGGACUCUUGAUGGAGGGGACUAAAGAGGUACCGGUUGUCAUAUUCAUUGACGCGCUUGACGAGUGUGGCGAGCAUGCCAAAAGCCUACUACUAUCUCUCAAAAGCCUCGUUGAAAAUGCGGAGCAACAGGGAUCCAUGGUCAAGAUCUGCUUUUCAUCGAGGCAUUUCCCAAUACUUGGCCAUGAGACGAUGGCGAGGGUCUACGUGGAAGAGAGGAAUGACCAAGAUAUCAGACUUGUCAUUGAAGGCCGACUCAAGGAGGUUCGCUCAGUGGAAAGGCGGCGACAGAUUGAGAAAGACAUUUUGUUGAAGGCUCAUGGGGGUUUUCAAUGGGCCAUACUCAUCACAAAUAUGGUAUUGGAGGAGGAGGUGACUGGCGCCAGAAUCGAGGAUCUACUUAAUAUCAUCUCGACAACUCCACCAGAUCUCGACGACCUAUACGAUGUCAUAUUGAGGGGGGCGACCAAGGAUAAGCACAAGCAGAUGGCCAAGCUCUUUCAGUGGGUUCUCUAUGCCAAACGACCCUUAUCAGCCCAGGAGCUUCGAGAGGCGCUCGCUACUGACAAAGGCAUGUCCUAUACAACAGUCUCGGAACUCAGAGCUCGCGGUAACUGGUCGGAUUGCGUAUCCCAAUUCGAAAUGCGUGUCCGCCAUAUAUCCAGGGGCCUUGUGGAGUUCCAGAAUCGUGACGUCUACGAGCAAUAUGAACCAGGAGGUGAAGAAUGGAGCAGAGAGGCUCAAUUCAUACAUCAGUCGGCGGCAGAUUUUGUUGCCCAGAAGUUCCUCGCCAAUGAGUCACUAUCUAGGUCCCCAGCUGGAGCGGGCCAUUAUGAAAUUUCGCGGUCUUUCCUCAGAUAUUUGACUUUGGAAGAAAUCCUCAACGCAAAUGGCCUAUCCCGAGAGAAGCUCUCAGCUACCUUCCCGCUAAUGCCAUACGGAGUGACAUUUCUCCUGGAACAUGUUAGGGGCGUUGAGGAGGGAGCCAUUUGCCAGGGUGACUUGGUGACACUCAUUCAAUGGAACCAGAAAGAACGCCUUGGGAUGCUGGCAAAAAUAUGGAGAAUAAUGGACCCUGAAGGUACACAUGCGCCUAGGGGCUGGCCAUUUCCCGAUGCCUCUGUUCUUCACCUCGCGAUAUCGUUUGGUUCCGCUAGCUUGCUGGAUACUUUACUGCAGCGGAACAGCUCACACUUGGAUGCCAAGGACCUCGAAGGGAAUAACCCCCUUCAGCUUGCUUUACGGGAGGACUAUGAAGUCAUGGCUCUCAUGAUACUGGAACGCUCAAGGACAUGGCAGACUGUGGUUGACUCUGUUGCUUCGGAAAACUCGCCAAGUAGCAUUGCAGUACCACGCAGAUACCUCGGCCAUGUGAACACCACCAAUGUUGAUGGUGAAACGCCUCUGGGGUUAGCCAUGUCCGUCAAAGCAGACAGGGUAAUUCGAGACUUGAUCGACGCAGGUGCUGAGAUUAAACACGAGAAGUCGCUGAUGGUUUAUGCCAUAAGUCAAGAGGACAAGGCACUAGUAUACCAGCUCAUAAACGAGGGCGCGGACCUUGACGGAGCUGUCUUUUUUACAGCACAAUUUCUCAAUCAGGCCAAUGCUGACAAUCACACCUUACUCGAACUUUUGAAUGCUCUGCUUGCAAGCGGUGGUAAUACAAGGAGACACAGGGGUGUCGAGAUUGAUAAUUUGUUCGGUUUCGAUGAAGAUGAAGAGGAUGAGGCCGAUGAAGAGGCGAUCUUUGUCGCUACACGCGGAGGUAGGGCGGCGGCGGUCAGCCUCUUAUUGACAUAUGGCUCCUCGGCAGACAUGAGUAAUCGACAUCACGAAUCUCCGAUAAUGCUAGCUUUUCAGAGCCACCAUUACGAUAUCGCCUCGGCCUUAUUUCGGAACUCACCUGAGACAAUUUUCUCAGAGUAUAACGCAGAUACGACAAUCCUUGGGCACAUUAUACAAACUACUCAGGUUGACCUUGCGCUGUCAUUUGUUGAGGAUGGCCGGGGAGUUUUGACGUUACACCAGUUACUCUAUGAAGCUGUCACAAUGAGAGAACUUCAAUUUGUGGACAUUUUAUUGAGUAGAGACGCAAAUAUCAUAGAACUUGCAAAUCAAAGAUGGGAAGACCAACCUGCACCAUUCAUGAAAGCAGUGUACGAAAACGAUGACGAUAUGGUCGAUCUACUUCUCUGCACAGGCCGGAUCGAUAUAAGUGUCAGAGACCGAGAUGGCGAAACACCAUUUUUGGUAGCGAUUCGGCUUGGGAACCUGAGUAUUGUCAAGUUACUGCUCAACACAGGAAAAGUUGGUUUCUAUCAGGGGGACUUUGAAAAAAGAGCAGGCUUUGCACAGUCUAUCGUGGAUGAGUAUUAUGAUACGCGCAAGGCCAAGAUUGCUUUCGCAGAUAGGAACGAAGAGGCACUACUCUUUGUUUUGAGCAUGCACGAUUUGUUUUGGAAGGCUAUCCUACGUGGAAAUUUAAGAGUUAUCAAGCUGCUUCUUGAUGAGAGCAUGAUUAAUAUCGACCAGACGUUUGAAGCACAACCACCGCUCUUGUGGGCUAUGCAAAUGGGGAAAGAAGGCGUUGUUAGUGUUCUUCUCAGCAGCAAUAGAGUUGAUCCGCAUUACUCCAAGGAAGUGGGACAAACGCCUCUAGCGUGGGCUUUAGCCAACGGCAAGGAUCGAAUGGUUGUGCUACUACUAGGUGCGAAAGGGUUCUCUAUCCACAAAGAAAGUAAUGACACUUCGCGAGAUUUGUUUUGGUGGGCUAUCAGAAGGGGGUAUAGUGGUGUGAUCAAUAUACUUCACGAAUCUGGUAAGUACGAUAUCAACACGAAGGAUCCGUCGGGGCAGACGCCUUUGAUAUUUGCAGCUGAGACGUGUGAUGAGGAGGCCAUCAGGGUACUUCUCGAGACAGGGAAUGCCGGUAUAGAGGCGGUUGAUAACAGGGGUAACACAGCAUUUUCAAUAGCUAUAAGCAGGGGUUACAGGACGAUAGUAGGUCUACUGUCAACUUACAUGCAUCGAAGCAGUAGAAUUGCCAUUAGGACUGCGGAGUAUUAA